CGGGUGCGGAUAGAAGCACUGCAGGGGAUGCGCGACGGGCCAGGCAAACCCCCACCGGACAAGGAUGAGACUCCUGCCAAGACGUCCUCCAGACACCGGCUCGAGGAGGUCCUCGCGCAGGAACCGCCGUUUCCUCAGGUGGUGCUCCCAGCCACGGGCGGCUACUGGGACGAGAGCAGCACGGACAUGGACCACCAGUACGCCAACACCAACUCCAACAAUAAGUUCGAGACGGAUGAGACAGCGCGGUACUACAGAAGGUUCUUCAUGGGGAAUGAACUGGACCUUCUUGGGCGAGGACGAGGUCCACGGCCCCGUCGUGCUGAGCCACAAGACGGAGGUGAUCAGCUCGCAGGAGAACACCCGGGUCCUCCUCAGGCUCAAGACGGGCACGCACCACGCCAUCAUCAACCUUGGGGACAACCCGACGCCGGCGAAGAUGGCCAAGCGCCUGAAGGAGGAGCUGACGGUGGAGCGGUUCCAGCCGGUGGUGACGCCUCGUGGGCCCGAAAUGAUCGUGGCCUACGACGAACACGUGCUCGUCAACCACUUCAAGUUCGGCCUCAUCUACCAGCGCGCCGGCCAGACCACCGAGGAGCAGCUGUUCGGCAACAAGACGCACUCGCCCGCCUUCGAGGAGUUCCUCAGCCUCAUGGGACAGCGGGUCAAGUUGAGAGACCACGAAGGAUUCAAGGGCGGCCUGGAUACCCUGUACGGGCAGACGGGCGAAGAGAGCGUCUACGAAGUGUUCCGCGAGAAGGAGGUCAUGUUCCACGUGUCCACGCUGUUGCCCUACACGGAGAACGACCCUCAGCAGCUGCAGCGCAAGAGGCACAUCGGCAACGACAUCGUGGCCAUCGUCUUCCAGGAGGGCAACACCCCCUUCGCCCCCGACAUGAUCGCUUCGCACUUCCUCCACGCCUACAUUGUGGUCCAGCCGAUCGACCCCUGCACGCCCAACACCAGUUAUCGCGUGAGUGUAACAGCAAGGUCGGACGUACCUUUCUUCGGCCCCACUUUGCCUUCGUCGGGAGUGUUCGAGAAGGGACCCCAGUUCAAAGAGUUCAUCCUCACCAAACUCAUCAACGCCGAAUUGGCAUGCUACAAGGCCGAGAGAUUCGCUAAGUUAGAGCUGCGCACACGGUCCUCGCUGCUGAGUUCCCUCGUCGACGACCUGCGCCGGAAGAGCAACGAGUUCCUGGGAAUCGCCGAGGUCCAGGAGCCCCCGAAGCUCGAGACCCCUGGCACGAGGUUCACCGAGAUCGUCAGGAAGGUCCUCCGAGGCCGCCCGCCGAACCAGGACCCGGCCGGCCUGGUCAAGAAGACGACGGCGACCAACAACUCCAACAACCUGGCGGGUGGAACGCCUUCGAGUUCUCGCAGCAAGGGGAGCAAAGGCAGCGGGGGCAGCAGCGGCGCCCGGACGCCCACCUCGAGUCCAGACACGACGCCCAACACGCAGAUGGCGUUGUCGGAGAGUGAUGAUUCCUCCAUCAACUCGAUCGACAUCGACGGCCAUUCCCAUCCUCUCAACGAGGAUUCGGACACGGGGCUAGAGUCCAUGUCCUCCGCCGAGACGCCCCACAAGCUGUCCUUGCACUGUCCUCUCUGCGGCGGCAACGAGGACGGCGUGUGCGCCCUCCACGCCGACCCGGAGACGAUCCUUCGGCAGGUGGACACCCUCAAGCACGAGAUCAACAAGCUCAAGUGUGACAAGCUGGAUCUCCUGCGCCAGAAUGUGACAUGCCAGAGAGAAAUCAAGAAGCUAAAGGAGAAGGAGCUGAAGCUGGGCGGAGAACUCAGCAACGCCAGCAAAGAGAUCAUCAGAUUGCAGAACCUGCUGAAGGACCUGGGCACCGGCCAGGUCUCCGCCGUGUGAACAAAGACCAGCACAGGUCAUCGUGUUGUCUUACUUGUCCAGGUGUUGGAGUGACCGCGGAACACCUACAGGUCACAGGAACCCUCGGGGCCAGCGUGAAGUUUGGCGUCAAGGAUGAGAAGCGAGAACGCAGACUGCAGAUCUUUGGCAUACCCAGUACCUUCUUGGUGAUGGAGUGGGUGGAAUUGGCUUCUUAAAAAUCGUUCAAAACCGAAGAGAUAUGAAAGAGAACAAGCCCAGCCCUCGGACCUACACGCGAUUUGUAGCCUCCAGAGGAUUUCGUAUAUUUUUUAUGUUAUGUCAUUUUUUUAUUCAAUGAUUUGCUGAGGUACAUUUCCUAUUGUCCUAACACUCACGCAGGUCAGAAAUGUACAGUUGUUCAUGGAUAAGUCAGGCCAGAGAUGUGUACAUCUGUUUGGGAUCAGCAUUGGUCAGGUGCUUGUACUGAUACCAAAGUUAUGUCUUUAGUGUACAACUUCUGAUUUGCUUCAGUGUGUUACCAAAGGGAAAAGAACGACUUUCGGCCUGCGAGACAAGUGCUGCUGAGCGCAUGCACCUCUGUCAAGAAAAGACAAGUUGUUUAAGCAUUUAUUCUAGUUUAUUUCAUACUCUGAGCCACCCAUGCUGCAUUUACAGGCAGAUAUUUGAUAUGUAUUUCACCUUAUUGUGCUUGUUGAGAUGGACACAUUACACCUCAGCUUCCCAUACCAAAUAUUUAAUUUUAAGUUUGUUAGGGCACGCGCAGCUGCAUGCCCGAAGAUUUAGUCAUUCCUAAAUUUUUAUAAUGAACAUAUUUUACUCUAUUAUAUAAUUACCUGGUCAUCCGGGGCGAAUGUGUGGUAAUGAGGAGAGUCUUUAAUUCGUGCAAAUCUUGUGUUUCCCUUUCUUUAUCGUCUCCUCUUGCCCGAUCCUCGUGUUUCGCUGCAGUGAUGGUGUGUCCCCAGAGUGCACGGGGCGACUGUUGGCAUGGUAACCCAGGAUGACAACCUGGUCGUCCAGCCAGGAUCUCACGCUCAACAAUAGUAACUUUUCCAAUGUUUUUUUUUAUAUAUAGUCGCGAGUGAUGCUGAUACUUGGGGAGAGAACGCAUACGUUAUGCGAGCCGAUGAGAUGUAUGAUGCUGACCAUAGAUUAUCAUGUUGGUAGUGGUCGUUCUACUAUUCCAUUUUGGGAGAAUCAUUAUCUCAAAGCCUAGGAAUUUCCUCCAUGGGAACUCUCUUAAGUUAUGACGGUUAGUCCGAAUUCCAAGUAAUAGUUGAUUACACACUCUUUCAAGUAGUAUUUCAUCACCAUUACAUACACGCAGCACAGUUGAAUAAAAUUUUGUGCUACUACUAAUAACUGCUUUCGUUGUGAUGGAAAGCUUGUGACCUGCCUUCCCCAUGUUAAUAGCACACAAGUCACGUCAACCCACCAAUAUAUUGUAGUCUGGUAACCGGUGAGGAAACUGCGUCGUCGCCUGUCGUGGCGGCUCCCACAAAGUCUUAAAGAAGUUAUCCUGGCGUUGUCUUGUGAAUGGCGUCCGCUGCACCUUCACCAUCAUAUCAGUACGUCUGUAACUCUUUGUAUCCGUCAUAUGUCAAUCCCGUAGGCUCUGUUUAUUCCAGGUUUGAAUUAUGUGUUAUAGUUAUUUUGAGCAUAUAUGAUACACGGUGUUUCUCUGCUGGAGCCAUCAAGGACUGACAUGUGAUAAAAAGUGUGGGUGGUUCGAGAAAACGUCUUGGUCAGUUUGUCAAGGGAUGUUGGCCCGCCGUUCCGCCAGUUCGCGUGUCAUUUCGUUCAAUUUGGCAUGAGUUUCCUGGCUGGCUGUCAGAAUUCGUCUAUGAUUUUUUGGUGAUUUCACUCUCCGCCAGUGCACUUCAUUUCGUAGUCAUCCUGAUCAAGAUUCGGUUUUCUUUAGCGUACCCGAACGAACCGUGCCACUUCGCCGGUGAUCCUUACAGUCGGUAAAGGUUCUCGACCUACUCUCAGCCUCGGGACGGGCAGGCGGUGGACACAGGCUCUCAAAGCCAAGCUUACGAGUCUGCUGUUUACUGAGUGACGGCUCAGGAAGUCCAGCGAAGCGUCCUGGAUGCCGUUCAGCGCCGUUCGCGAGAGAGAAGUAGCGUGGCAUGGUUUACCUCCCCAAAUGUUGCGUUCCAAUAUAGGUGUGUUACUGUGUGUACGAUGUACGGCGCGGCGACCAGCUUGUCCGUCAACAUCCCUGAUUACAUGUCACUAUAAUCACUUGUCAACUGUAACAGUGUGUUGGUGUACGACUGCACACGUUUUGGUGUUUUAGUGUAGAGGAAAGUAAAAGGCAUUGCCACCACAAAAAUCCAACAUGCCGGGAUCCGUCAACAAGAGAGGCUGUAUUUCCCCCAUCCAGCUGUCAGGUCUUACACUAAAUAUACACAACUGAACCGCCUAUGAUUGGAGAAGAUAUGUACAAAAGAUUUUAUUUUGCUAUUGUAGUUAGUCUCUCUGACACACCCAAAAGGCAAGGUGUAAAUAUUAGAAGAAUAAACUAGAUCACAAAAUAGUACAGACAUCAAAUGUCUUUGUAAUGCUCAAACAUCUAAGAGAGCCAAAGGUGUUUAGCCCGUUUUAAAGUCGGUUCAAAACGUUCUUGUUCACGCGCGUAUGCCAGAACAGACUGUGUAUUAUGCAUAUAUAUAUGUAUAUGCACACACACACACACACACACACACACACACACACACACACACACACACACACACACACACACACACACACACACACACACACACACACACACACACACACACACACACACACACACACACACAUAUUUGUACAUACACACAAUGUGUGUGAGCAAUGAAGAAUGUAAAUGGGUUAUAUUUCAUUUUCUUCCACAUAUUUUUUGGAUAUAAUAAGUAAU